UCGGUACACAGAAGUUCUUCUCUCUCUCUCUCUCUCUCUCUCGCGCGCGCACACACACACACACACACACACUCACUAAGCGGACCUGGAGAGCAGAGAGCUGGUGUGUCUCCCGCGCGCGCCCCGACCUCUCCGUCCUCGCGGCUGCGAUGCUGCAUUUCCGUGUACCCGCCCCCGCUGCGUUGGCGCUGCUGGUCUUCCAGGCUGUUGUCGUGGUUCUGUUUAUUGGCUGGCACAGCCACAUAACCCCGCCCACUUCGGAUUCCAACACUGCUCCUGGGGGCAAAGUGCACGUGCUGCUGGUGUCAUCAUGGCGAUCAGGCUCGUCGUUUAUGGGCCAGGUGUUCAACCAUCACCCGUCAGUAUUCUACCUAAUGGAGCCCGCGUGGCACGUGUGGGGGUGUCUUCAGCGACCGGGCGCACGCAGCCUGCGUAUGGCAGUGCGGGACCUGAUACACCGCGUCUUCCUGUGUGACCUCAGCGUGCUGGACGCCUACCUGCCCAUCCAGCACAACGUCUCGGACCUGUUCAUGUGGAGCCACAGCCAGGCACUGUGUUCUCCACCGGCGUGUCCGCCCCCGUUCCAUUCGCACACCACGCCGCAGAUCACUGAUUGUGCGAAGCAAUGCAACGUGGCGGGGUUGGAGCGGGCGGAGGCGGCGUGCCACACCUACACCCACGUGGUGCUAAAGGAGGUGCGUUUCUUUGAGCUGGAGUCUCUGUUCCCGCUGCUGCGUGACCCCUCGAUCAAUCUGCGCAUCCUACACCUUGUGCGUGACCCCCGGGCCGUGUUUCGCUCCCGCGAGCAGGCGGCCGCGGCGUUGCAGAGAGAUGCCACCAUCGUCCUGGACGGCAAGGCGGCAUCGUCUGACACACAGACGCGCGUCAUGCAGGAAAUCUGCCGGAGCCACAUUCGGAUCUACGACACCGCUGUUAAGAAAGCGCCGGACUUCCUGCAAGGACGCUACAAACUAGUGCGUUAUGAGGACGUCGUACGCGACCCGCUAACAGAGAUCCAACGCAUGUAUGACUUUGUGGGACUCGAGAUGACGGAGGCGCUGCAGGAAUGGAUCCACAACAUAACGCAUGGCAAGGGAAAGGGGACACCCAGCGAGGCGUUCAAGAUCACCAAGCGCAACGCCUCAGAAGUCUCGCAGGCCUGGAGGACAAGUUUAACGUUCAGUAAAGUCCAGCAGGUCCAGGAGGUCUGCAGGAGUGCCAUGUCUCUCCUGGGCUACCGUCUGUUGAACACCGAAGCAGAGCAGAAGCAACUCGACCUCGACCUCACGCGCGUGGAGAAGUACAGCUUCACAUGGCUUACGUCCAAAAGUCCCAAAGACUGAAGAAUAUUUUGGACAACAGACGAGAGACUGUGUGUCAGUCUGUAUCUGAACAGUUCACUACAACUCGAUAGUUUAUUAUUAAUUACUUAUUUAUUACAGUUGUUGGGAAAAACGUGCAAAAUCACACUUUACAUUUAUACGAUACGUGACAACAAAAGACUGAUGACGUGUUGUGAACUGACAGAGCGCUAUUUUUAUUAAGUGGACUGUGAUGGACGUCUCGCAAAUCUGCGAGUGUUCGCAGGAUGAGUGCAGAACUAGUUUAUUAACACUUUUAUGUUUUAGUUGAAGUCUUACAAACAGAAAUGAUGACACAAGUAAGAGGCUUUGCGUUCAUUAUUAUACUGCAGCGCUGUAGCCACGCCCCUUCUCCGUCCCCAACCCUUUCCCUGUCCAUGUCUUUCUCCUGCUUUUGCCUUCUUAUUUAUGUCCCUGGCCGUUUAGUAGCCCCCCUGCUUCCCCCUUCUCCCACUUUUCCUGUCUCAACCCCUUUCACUGGUUCACCUAGGUUUCUGUCCACACCCAUUUUCUGUCUACUCCCAUUGUUACCCUGUCCCUGCCUGUUCAAGUCCCUACCCCUUAACCCUGUCUCUGGAUCUUUUACCAUGUCCCUGCUUUCUUAACCUGUCCCUGUCCCUGUCCCUUAUACCCUGUCCCUGCCUCAUUUACUCUGUCCGUGUCCGUUUUACACUGUCCCUGCCCCUUCUACACUGUCCCUGUCCCCUUUUUUGUGUUCCUCAUGCUGUCCCUCAGUGAGUUUCUUCGAGGUUCUCUUUAGCAUGAUGUCUGAUGAGUGAGUGGUUUAAUGUUUAUAGGACUUAUAUCAUGGAGUCAUCAUGGUAACCUCCAGGUAGAAUGGUUGUCUUUUAAUGGUAGUCAAGGUGUAGCACGUUAGUAAGAAGAGGGACGAGACAUUUGUCAUUAUUUUAAUAAAAAAUAAAAAAGUUUAUCACUGAGUUUACAAUCACAAUGAAAGUAAGUUGGGGGUUUUCAGAAAAUGUGUUAUAUGGUUGUGUGUGUGUGUGUGUGUGUGUGUGUGUGUGUGUGUUUCCUCUGUAAUGAUGUCGGUGAAUCAGAUGUGAAAGCUCAGUUACUGAAUGAUGCUGUAAAUGUGAUAAUUUAUUACAGAGUGAUUGUUUUAGUGAUUAUUAACGAGCGGCUUGUUAGUGGUACACAGAGGAGCGAAGGAAAUAAAUAAAUAAAAAUAAAUAAAUACGUU